GAUCGUUUAUAGUUAUUCAAUUGAUGGGCGAUUCGCAAAACUCAUUGGCUAGCACGCAACCAUCAGAGUCGGACGAUCUUGGUGUUAUUCAAGAAAGUGUGAUUCAGGACACUACUACUAAAGGCGAAGUUCCGCAGGCGGGCACGCUCUUCUACUAUCUUGAUCUCCUAAUCACAAAUAUCUCGCAAAAGUACGACAUUGAUAGGAUCCAGAUAAGUCUACUCCUGCUCCUACUCUUCCUGCUUGCAUCGUUCUGCCUUUGCAUUGCUAUUGCUUGGCGGUAUUACUCACCCAUAAUCAUCGACUUCGCUCUCAAAGAGGAACAGGAAAGAGUGCGCAGAAACAGCGAAAGAGACAAGCAGGAUAGAGAAAAGAGUAGGCGUUAUACAUUAUUCGACCGUUGUAACCUUCAUAGUUGCAAUAUUCAUUAUGUAUUAUACAGAAAACGAGUAACCAUGGACGCUUUCAAAAAUUUUCUCAAGAAGAAGAAAGUUGAGAAGCACUUCAAGAAAUCGGGCCCAGGCCAAAAACUUGAUACUGGCUCAAGCACUCCUGUCCCAAGCAUAACCGCUGGUGCUGCGCAGGGUGGCGGAAUUGAUCGUAUCGCUGCCUCCGACAUUGCCGCGCAAGCUGCUAUGAAAAGACUGUACAAGGAGCCUCCUAAAAUUAGUAGUAGCCAGAAGAAAAUCCAAAUGAUUGCCCAACGUGAACUGGAGGAAGAACGACGUCGUCAAGAUCCCAAUUAUGCCAUGGAACAACUAGGCUUGCAGGAAAAAAGACCUGGUCCCGAAGUUCGCGAGUUUGAGCACGCUGAUGUCAUCAAGGGCGUUUACUUCACUUGUGAGCUGCUCGGAGGCGAUGAGGCUAUGACAAAGCCUGAUCUCAUGCAAGCUCUCGAAGAGUUCCUGAUUUCUCACUUAUCAACCAAGGAUGAGGAUACGGUGGUGCCUGCGGUACUCCUUUUAUACUCGCUCAAUAAAAAACAGCCUAAGGAGACCGCCGUGGAGACGAUUGGAAAAUAUCUGCAAAACAUUAUCGAAAACCCAGAAGAACCAAAGUUUAGAAGAAUUCGCCUAUCGAACAAGGCAUUCCAGGAACGAGUUGCUGCUGUGAAAGGUGGUCGCGAGUUUCUCACUGCUGUCGGCUUCGAAGAGAAGAUGCAACCCUUCAAGGAAGGAGAUGAACCGGAACCUUUCCUUGUUAUGAAUGAAGAAGCAGCUCUCAAUACUGGCAAACUUAUAGCCGCUCUGGAAAUGUUGCGAGAUGGUCAGAGUGUUCCGAUAAAGGUGUCGAGAGAAACUUCCAUUUUUGCGUUACGGGAAAACGAACGCGUUCCUGUACCGAGGUUGCCACCUGACUUCUUCGAUCUGACGCCGGAGGAAAUCAAGCGAGAGCAGCAGAUGAGAACGGAAGAAAUGAACAGGAACUUGAUGUUGCGUACAAGAGAAAUGCGUGAAAGGGACGAAAAACUACGUCAAUAUACAUACAAGUACACUCUGGUUCGUAUCCGUCUCCCCGACCGAUACGUACUUCAGGGAACUUUUGGCUGUUACGAGCCCUUAUCCGCUGUGCGAGAGUACGUCGCCAAACAUCUCGCGAAUGAGGCUGCGCUGUUCUCGCUGCGAAAUCCAGUGAAAGGUGGUGAACCGCUUGGAGAUGAGUCAAAGACCCUAGCUGCACUUGGACUAGCUCCUGCUGUUGUGCUUCAUCUUGAUUUUGAUGAACCCAUGAAUGGUCCCAGCUCUAUACUGCUCCUGAAUUCGACGAAGAACCAGAAGAAACCUGUCAUCGAACCUGUUCAGCCUUCAGGUAUUUUGGGAAAAUUGAGGUCCUUCCUGCCAAAAAUAGCUACAGCAAAUCAGGAACUGAAUAGAAGUGGUGCUGAGAAGCUGGAUGUCGAUGUCACGAAGGUAGAGUCAGAUAUCGACGAAAGCGAUACGAGCACUGAUGAUGCUGACAGUAGCGAAGAACUCGAGAGCAACGAGGAUGAGAAGCCUAAAGUUGAAUUCAACUUAUCGCUAUUUCGUGCUGCUAAAACGGGCGAUGAAAACGACAUAGACCUCAAACCAGAAGUUGAACAAGUGCCGGAAGGAUUUCGAGAGGCUGGCGAUUCCCAAUCUUGCAGUGAUUCCCCCGUUGGAAAGAGGCCCAAGCGGCUAGUAGAAGAACUGUAAAAACUACUUCAUUCAAGGUUUUUCACGUAUGUCAUUGCUUAUUGGGAACAGCUAUGAAAGCAUUGUACCUCUUACCUUCAGGGCCGUUCUGUGACACUAAACUUGUGAUGUUUGUAUAGUCCAUUUUCCACUGGAUUGUUUCAGUACUACCUAGCAACAUUUGUUCGUCAUGCAUUCAAGUAAUUUUGUUCAGGCUAACAAUCGGGUCGUAAAAUUGGAAUUAUAUUGAAAGUUUCUUCGGUUGUGUCAAAAGCUGCUUUCAGACUCCCUUCCUUCUGUAUGCUCCUAGAAGCCACAUUGACACGUGUUGAUAUCCCUUCUUGACACAUUUUGAAAUCCUUUCACUUCGUUAACGUUUAGUCCAGACUGAUUAGUCUAUAGUCAUAAAUGUUUUCAGAAUUGUU